GGGAACGGUCAGCUGCUCCCGCGGCACCCCACGGCUCCUCUGAGCUGUCAGGGAGCUGCCGGGGGCACAAGGACACAGAGCAGCGGCCGGGGAUGUCCUUUGUGCCAGUGGCUUUGCUUUGUUCUCUGGGGGUCUUGGGGGAAUUCGUGACUCACUGUGGAAUCCAGUCACGCUGGAGACAGUCGGGCUGGGCUGGACUCAGUUCCUUCCUGCGGCGCUCCAGCCUCCAGCUCCGCGCUGCCCAAGGACGCGCUCACAGGAAAAGGCCCUUCCAAGAGCUCUUGGAAGAGGGGCUCCCUGCGGAGGGGGCUCCGCAGGACCCCGCUUCAGGCGCCCAGAGCACCCCGGGGAGCAGGCAGCCCCCGUGCCCGGCGGGAUUUGCUGCUCCCCACUUGCCCGGAGUGGAGCCCGCCCUGGCCGCGGCAUCCCCGCCGUGGGCUCAGCCGGGAGCCCCUGGCCCGGGGCCGUGCGGGGAACCCCGCGCUGCUCCCGUCCUGGCUGCAGCGAGGCAUCCUCCAGGAAUCCUUUGGAGAUGCUCCCGGCCGGGCAGGGACAGCCGGAGCCCCGCGGGGGCGGCUGAGCUCCCGCAGCAGGUGCCGGUGCCGCGGGGGCACCGGGGUCUGGGGGGCGGCCAAACCCCCCUGUUGUGGUCCCUGAGCGCGUGGCUGGGCGGGCAGUGUCCCCCUGACAGCCGCGCUGGAUCCAAGUGACAGCAGCUCCAUGCCCUGGGCUGCGCUGCCCCUGUCUCAGCUGUACCCCUGGGAGCGGGAGGAAUGCAGCCCCCUCCCCUCCCCUCGGCACACCUGGGGAAUGGGGAAACCCCCCAGGACGGCUCCCCCUGCAUGGAGCAGGGGGUGCUGGCCCGAUUGCCGAGACCCCCGCAUGGGGCGAGGGCAGCGCCGGGGGGCACCGGGAGGGGAUCGGGAGCCGGGGACACCCCGACCCCGCGGGGACAAGUUGGGGGCCACAAGUUCGGGGCUCCUCUGCACAGCCCCAGGCCCGACCCCCGCCCCGCUGCGCCCCGCCCCGGGCCGGUGGCGGCUGCCCCGGCGCCUCCCCGCUCCCCCCGGCCGGGGCGCGGCUAUAAGGAGCGGAGCGGAGCGGAGCGGCGGGGCCGGCGGCGGCGGAGCGGCGGGCGCGGCAGGCGUGGGGACAUGAGCGGGGACAUGCGGGGCCUGCUGUGCCUCUGGCUGGUGGCCCAGGUGGCCCAGGUGGCCCUGUCCUCGCGGGUCCGCACCCGCCGGGAGCUGGGCCCGGGUUUGUACGAGCACGGCGUGUACGACGCGGGCGGCUCGUACUGCCAGCGCGGGGACGUGUGCUGCCACGGCCGCGACGACGCCUGCACCGUGCCCUACCACGACACCCUCUGCUACUGCGACCUCUUCUGCAACCGCACCGUGUCCGACUGCUGCCCCGACUUCUGGGAGUACUGCCUGGGCAUCCCGGCGCCGUUCCCCAAAGCCGCAGGCUGUGCCCGUGCAGGACGCAAUUAUCCCAUGGGAGCCACGUACCGGGAGAACUGCAACCUGUGCACCUGCGGGCCCGGCGGGCAGUGGCAGUGCGAGGACCACGCCUGCCUGAUGGACGGGGAGCUGAUCGACGCCGUCAACAGGGGCAAUUUCGGCUGGAGAGCCGCCAACUACAGCCAGUUCUGGGGGAUGACCCUGGAGGACGGGAUCCGGCACCGCCUGGGCACCUUCCGCCCCUCUCCCACCGUCAUGAACAUGAACGAGAUGCACAUGAACAUGGACUCCAACGAGGUGCUGCCGCGUCACUUCGACGCCGCCGCGAAGUGGCCGGGGAUGAUCCACGAGCCCCUGGACCAGGGGAACUGCGCCGGCUCCUGGGCCUUCUCCACGGCCGCCGUGGCCUCGGACCGCAUCUCCAUCCACUCCAUGGGACACAUGACCCCCGCGCUGUCCCCGCAAAACCUCCUGUCCUGCGACACCCGCAACCAGCGCGGCUGCAGCGGGGGGCGGCUGGACGGAGCCUGGUGGUACCUGCGCAGGAGGGGGGUGGUGACAGACGAGUGCUACCCGUUCACGAGCCAGCAGAGCCAGCCGGCCGCUCCGCCCUGCAUGAUGCACAGCCGCUCCACGGGCCGGGGCAAGCGACAGGCGACAGCGCGCUGCCCCAACCCCCAGACCCACUCCAACGAGAUCUACCAGUCCACCCCCGCCUACCGCCUCUCCUCCAGCGAGAAGGAGAUCAUGAAGGAGCUGCUGGAGAACGGCCCCGUGCAAGCCAUCCUGGAGGUGCACGAGGAUUUCUUCAUGUACAAGAGCGGGAUCUACCGGCACACGCCCGUGGCCGAGGGGAAGGGGCCGAAGCACCAGAGACACGGGACCCACUCGGUGAAAAUCACCGGGUGGGGAGAGGAGCAGCUGCCUGAUGGCCAGACCCAAAAAUACUGGACGGCGGCCAACUCGUGGGGCACGGCGUGGGGCGAGGGCGGCCACUUUCGCAUCGCCCGCGGCGUCAACGAGUGCGAGGUGGAGACUUUCGUGGUGGGGGUCUGGGGCCGCGUCAGCAUGGAGGACAUGCCCCACAAGUGAGCCCCCCGCUGUCCCUGUCCCCAGCGCUGUCCCCUGUGUCCCCUGGCCGGGGGGCUGCGUGUCCCCGCUGUGCUGACACAGCGGCUGGGGGCAGUGGGGCGUGCGAGGCGGGGGUGCCCCGGGGGCUGCUCGCGUCUCCCAUGGGAUUUACCCGCUAAUCCCCCCGCCCCGGGCUCGGCUGGGCUGCGGUGGUGGCGGGGGGCUCUUCAAAGGCAGCUGCACCCCGCCCCAUCCCGGCUGGGGCUGUGGGAUGUCCCCCCUUUUCCCAAUUGGGGGGACCCCCAUAUUCCUGCCCCUCCCGUCCUGCCCCCCCCCCCCCAAGCAGGGCAGUUCUGGAGGUGGGGGGUGAAAUAACCCAGCGGGGGGGUCCCCUGAGCCCCCAGGGCUGGGUGUCGCCAGGAUGGGGUCCCCACCGUCCCCCCCCCCAGCCUGUCCCUAUGGUGCUAUGGCCCUGCCACCCCCCCCCGGGGGACAGCAGGGACAAGGGAGGGCUCAGCCCCGUGGUGUCCCCGUCCUGGGGGGGCCACAAUGGGGUGCACGCAGCCAGCACAGCCCAGGACCUCCCCCCCCCCAACCCAAGGGCUGUACUUUUAAGACUUUUUGUAUUUAUUUUGCUUUUUACUGUUUGUAAAUAAAGUUACGGAAGCCUCAGA